UUAUACAACAACCCUCAGCUCGUCGUCACACUGCCCUCAACCAAGGUAUGUUAAUCAAGUUUUCAAAAUGUUUACUAAAAUGCAUGCACCAAAUGAAUAUGUUAUAGAACAUGUUAAGAUUGAAUAUGCAUUGAGAUGGAACAUGCAUUAUGAUUGAACAUGCAUUGAGAUGAACAUGUAUUGAGACUGAACAUGCACAGAGACGGGACACGCAUUGAGAUUGAACAAGCACUGAGACAAAACAUGCAUUGAGACGGAACAUGUAUUGAGACUGAACAUGCAUUGAAACAUAGCAUGUAUUGAAACUAUAGACGCAUUGAGGCUGAACAUGCAUUGAGACAGAAUAUACGAAUUGAGACUGAACACGCAAUAAGAAUGGAUGUGGUUUGAGAUUGAAUGCAUUGAUAUGAAUUUUGACUGAACAUACACUGAAGCGGAUCAUGUAUGGAGACGUCCGUACACUGAAACGCAACAUGUAUGGAACCUUAACAUUUAUUGAGACAAGACAUGCAUAUGAUCAUGAAUUUGAGAUUGAAAUAUUUUAUCAUACAAAAGUAUGUGCCCGACUUAUUUUGAAAUGAGGAAAUGUUGCAUAAAUGAUUAAUAUGCAAUUUAUUACCAUGAGAUGAUUCAACCAUUGCAUGUUAUUACAUGUGAACCUAGAAAGGAUAUGAUGACAGACUAUAGUCGCUUAGUGAACUGAUGAAGGAUGUCUUUAGAUUUCUAUUUUUUAUGACCAACGGAUUUUAGAAGACAUGAACAGAUUAAGAAUAGAAAGGACUAUACAAUGAAAGCACUGAACAUAGAAUGACAGAACAUAGAAAGUAUAGAACGGUAGAAGCGUAGAACAUAGAAGAAUAAGGCAUAGAAAGUCGGAAUACAAAAAUUAGAAUAUCAAAGCACGAUACAUGAAAGGAUGACUUGUAGACAGCCAACGAUCGUUUCAGACAAUAGAAGGAUCCUUAUGUCACCAGUAUCACAGUUUUUUUUAUUAGAAAGAAUGAAGAAGGAGUCCAACAUUAUUAAUUGAAUGCAGAAUGGCUGGAGAAAGAGGAAGAGGGCCUAACCCUGAAGAACAUGUGCCACGAAUUAUACCAGAGCGUAGUGUGGAAGAAAGAUUUCGCAAGCAUAAUCCACCAACUUUUGAUGGCCUCGGUGAUCCUCUGGAUACCGAGAGAUGGGUAAGAGCUACUGAAAGGAUACUCAACCAUGUUGGCUGUGGGGAUAGGGAGAAACUAACAUGCGCAAUUUUCCAACUUGUUGAUGAGGCUGAAUUCUGGUGGGAAUCGGUGCGACGAACCUUGACCCCUGAGCAAUGGGAGGCGUAUACGUGGAACGAUUUUAAGGAAAGAUUGUAUGAAAAGUAUAUCCCUGGAUGCUAUAGGAAGAAGAAACAGGAUGAGUUUUGGAAUUUAAGACAGGGAAAUAUGACAGUCACUGAGUACGACCGAAUGUUUAACCAGCUUUCGCGAUAUGCUCCACAUCUAGUUGACACAGACGAGAAAUGUGCAGAAAAGUUUCGACAAGGUCUGCGGCUUGAGAUAGCCGUUCCACUAGCAAGUCAAGGAGCAUUAACAUAUGCUCAAUCUUUGAGCAGGGCCCUAAACAUCGAAGCAAUACUACCAAAGGAAAAAGAGAAUGUGUCAGCACAAGCACCGACCCAAAACUAUGAAAAAAAUGAAACGUAAAUGGGAAGGCGGAAAUGAUGGGAACCCAGGAAAAAUGAAGCAACCAUGGAGAGGAACUCAGCAGCAACAAGGACAUACUGAAGGAAAGCCUUUAUGCCCAACAUGUCAGAAAAAUCACUAUGGUGAAUGUAAGAUAGGCUCCAACCACUGCUUUAGGUGCAAGCAACCAGGGCAUUUCGCCAGAGACUGCCCAAAUAAUAACGGGAACAUGAGAAUUCCACAACCUCAGAACCUUGCCCCUCAUAGACCAAAUCAAGUACCAAUUGGUAAUGAACGACCAAAUCAGAGACAACCUGCACGUGCUAGGGCUUAUGCUCUUAACCAGCAGCAAGCGGCUCAAGCACCUGAAGAUUUAGAAGGUUGAGCGGCAGAUGGUGACGUGCGAAGCUGAGGGAGGGUGUUGCUGUAAUUCCAAAUGAAUGUCAAGAAUAAUUUCCGCUGCCAUAGUAUUCUCUAAGAUGAAUAAUAUUUGGGAUUGGAUAUUUUAAUAUUCAUAGCCUAUUUAAUAUGAACUCGUAUUGUCAUCGCUUUCCUAGCGAUUAUUCCUCGCAUAUAAUAUUUGCUCAGUAUUAAAUGUUAUCUUUUUGUCUCAGACCUCCGAACUUUUGAUCCUGGUUGGGAGAAUUUUUAUCUAAGUUUUCGUAUUUAUUAUCCUUCAA